CCUUGUGUCGCCCCGGCACUGUUUUGGUGCGGGACCCCGUUUUGAGCAAAGGGGCUUCAGCAAGACUGUGAAAUGUUUCGGGGUGUUUAGUUUACUUGAAAUUCCCUGACUAUAAACAGAAGAAAGAAAGAUUGUGUUGCAAGCAUUCACGAAAUAAACAGGAAUUAUUUCUUUGGAAAGGGAGAGAAGAGAUAGAGGGAAGAAUGCAAACAAGAAAGCAGCUUGAUCUCAACAUGAGUGCAGAGAGAUUAAACCUGUCCGAUUCAGACAGUCUGUACAAAGGCUCCAAUACCAAUCCAAACUGCAACACGAGUUCUAACUAACACUGUCCAGGAAAACUCAGCAACGGUGAAUAGACAGUAUGAAACAAACUCAAGAUUUUAAUGGAACUUCAUCCACAUUCAGUAAGACACAAGAAGCCAACAUGGAAUCGGGUACAACUUCACAUUGAGAUAGAAACACCUGCGUGAGCGAACAGUCACACGCCUGGAGCAAAUCACUGUAAGACAUGAAAAUGGACGUUGAUUCUGAUAUGAGUUCAGAUGCGAACGCACUUACUCCAGAUUUACAAAUUGGUAGUAAAAGACAACAAGAAAUCAGUCUGGACUCAGACACAAACACUGGUGUGAACGCUCUUACUCCAGAUCCUCAGAUCCACAACGAAACGCAACAGGAUGUGAGAACCGCCUUGAAUUUGGAGUCAGAUUCUGGAAAUAAAUCUCGGAAAAGGAAACUGAGUGGGACAAAUCCCAUUGGGAAACAUGCCUUGAACACGGAAACCACAAAUCCUACAACAAUUCCCAAAAGUGGUGACAGCACUAUCAGUAGUUUGGAAUUAGGAUCGGAUCGGGGACUCAGUUGUGAACGAUACGAGAGGAAGCAGCACCUGAGACUGGAUUUCUCAGAGACCACGGGAUCGGACCAGGGUUUAAAUGCCGCUGCAGAAACCAAGUUGGUUUGCUACGGGCUUUUUUCGGAUUUAAAUUUAGAAACUGCAUCGCCACUUCGCAACACGAAACUGAACCGCGAGGGAACGCAGAGAUUGCAACGCCAAAACCACGGAACUAGGAACACGAAAGCCAAACCCAAUAUUGGAUUACACAGAGAACAUGGAACAAGCUGUCAGGUCACAAAACAGGAACUGCAGAACGCAGCUGGGAAUCUACAAAACACGGAUUCAGAAUCAGAAUUAGUCUUUGAUCCCGAACCCAGGUGUCAAGAUAAGAAACGGAAAGCAAAACUAACUAAAGACACGCGACAAGACGUUCUGACGCAUGUCGCUUUGAACGCGGCUGGAAGUUCACAGAACACAGAUUCAGGAUCAGAAUUAACAAAACAAGACACAAAACCCAAAGCGAUGGAACAGAGUCAGGAAAUGCAAGAAGAAAAUCUGAAACAUGCCAGUACAAAAGCAGCCAGGAAUUCACGGAAGACAGAUUCGGAAACAGAUUUAGACUUUGAUCCUGGACCCAGGUGUCGAGAUGCUAUACGAGAUACAAAACAGAAAGCGCAAAGAGAAACUCCAACACACGUCACAGACUCGGCUCGGACUCUUCACCACGCAGAUUCGGGCUCGAGGCUGGCUGCCGCCAAACACAAGCACGCCUACGAACCGGACUGCCCACAAAGCCUGCUGCCGGCACUGCCUGAAACUUCCGACCCCGGGGACCUGUACAGCGCGAGGGGGGUCCUGUUGAUUGACGCCAUGGGGGUCCCCUACACCCUGUGCAUGUGGCCGAUACUGACUCCCAAAAGCGGGGAGCACCAGAGCGACUCGGCACUGCCGCGUGCCACCGGCAGCCCUCAGCGUACCCACAUCAAAGCCUACGUGUGCACGGUGUGUUCCAGGGCCUUCCCCUACCGCUCCUACCUGGAGAGGCACCGCAUCACUCACCUGGAGAUGAAGCCCUACGUGUGCACCGACUGUGGCAAGGCCUUCAAGCGCUCCUCGCACCUCGCCCGCCACCGACAUGUCCACUCCGACGCUGGCAAGCCCUUCCAGUGCACCGUCUGUCAGAAGGGGUUCCGAGAGCAGGGGGAGCUGCUCCAGCACCAGAGAGUGCACACCGGGGAGCGGCCGUACCAGUGCCAGGUGUGCCGGAUGAGAUUCACCGAGAGAACCACGCUGAGACGACACUGCCAGAGGAAGCACUCCACAGAGGAGCAAGGGCAGAAAGACAAGCCCGAGGCAGGAACGCUGUCCGAUUUGACAGCCAUCUGAAAUGUCUUUAUAAUACAUAUUGGACCCUGGUAUUGAUGUGAUAAAAAUGUCUUUAUAAUAUAUAGUAAACCCUUUAUCGAUCAAAAAAAAUAAAGAAACUAACAAAAAGAAAGCACAAACCAUAAAUCUCAUCAGUAAGACGUGAUUUCAGUAUAACCUUUGGUUAAAAAAAAAAAAUCCUUUAUUUAAUGAAACUUGUAUUGUUCGUGAGUUUAUAUAUAUUAGACAGGUAUGGAAAUAAGGCUCCUGUUGCAUAGCAGUUUCAGCCAUUCUACGUUUUAGUAUGUGCUUGAUUAGCUACAGUGUGUACAGAUAAGCUCAGGUGUGUGUUAUUAAACUCACAGUAAAAUCAGAAUGGGUCUGAACCUCUAUGCAACAGGUGUUAAAUCCAUCUCUGUUGGAGCCCGUCUCCCUACAGUGUGUGUGCGUGUGUAUACACACACACACACACACACACACACAAUGUCCUGUACAAUCCAAAGUUAGUCCAGCACUGUCUGCAAGGCGCUCUCCCCUGGAGCCCCGUAAGGACGGACGCAGUCAGGCAGUGCUGUGUUAGAAGCGAGCACUUUGAAAAUACCAGGCAAGAGAUCACCAUUUUUUUAAUUAAUUUGUUUUUAAAUGCCAUACUAUCGGCCCUGCCCGAUGGGGACACUGCUACGGGAGACGGUUCCUCCCAAUGCUGUUUCUGUCACUUAAUUGGGGCGUCACUUUGUCCAAUUGGAAUACCGUAUUUUAAAAUGAUGAAGCGAGCGAGCAUGACUUGAGCAAACCAGGCUGAUCUCUUGAAGGAGCUUGCUGGAGUCUCCUGUAAUUUCUCAGGCUGCCGUGGAAGGAAAUCUGUCGUGUCGGCAUCCCAGGUGUCUCGCCUUGUUAGUUUAGAAAUAAAAACCAACGAUUCGUUUUGUUUGGAAGCUUCAAGUGCCAUUUAUUCUUAGUGGGAUGUGAUUUUUCUUUAGCGAUAAAAAAACAGUAAAAACGCUUCUCUAUGGGUGUCGUAAUGAGUAUAGAAGUGUGAGUAAGGGCCUUGUUUAAUUGGGAUGUUUUUACCUCUCCUGAAGUGUCCUGAUGAAGCGUUGCCGACUGCUCUUGUGAAGUUACGACUCUCUUCUUUUGGUUUAGAAUCUCGAGUCAGAUUUGUCACGUUAUAAAUAGGCCAUGUUUCUUUAAAAAUAAAAUCUGAAUAAAAAAAAACAAAAACAAAAUGACAACAAAUAAUAGCAGACAUGUGUUGGUCAACCAAGUCCAUAUUACUAAAAAAACUAUUUGCUAUUUUCAACUUCCAGCUAGGCAGUUCAGAGCUGGCCUCUCUAUGUGAGGAAUAUCGUGGCAGGGUCAUAGUUCAAUAGAAAGAGCCACGCAACACCCUGAGCACUCUGCUUAUUGAACACACUCCAGUAAUAUUUUUUUUUUCCCCUCCCCCAGGGUCAACCAGUAUCUUAAUCUGCAUUACAAAAAAAUAGACAAUCAUCUCAUUUUACUGUGUAUUCUAAAAGAAUUUCCUGAACGAGAGACAUCAGAAGUUCUUGUCCUGUGUCAAAAGAUCACUGGAGACUGUGGGAUAGUGUUGUGCUGUGUAUUAAAGACCCCUGUAGCAGUACUACGCUGCUAUUGAAAAAACGUGUAUAAUUCCUCGCAGCACCCAUUAACGGUUUCGGAUCUCACCGCUCUGUGUGAAGAAGCGUCUCUUCCCCUCUGUGGCCUGCGUUUUCUUUGGUUCUGGUUUCUGUGCUGCAGCUGGGUUAGGGUAAGCAGAGCAGCCUUCCUCAUUUCAUUCAAGUCGUGCGGCAGUGUGAUCGUUCAACCUGCCCUGCCUACUCUGCAUUAAUACAGACAGAGAGAGUAGGCGGGGCUGGCAGGGUUCAAAAGCCAGUGUUUCACAUGAUUUUAACUGAAUGAUGAAGGCUCUUCAGUGCCUGGCCGUUAGUAUUCUUCAUACAAGCUCAAAGUCAGGUAAAGGCUGAUUUAAAAUAAGUGAUUAGCAAUGCAAUAGUAACAAGAGAUCCUCUGGCCUGCCCUGCACUUACAUUACAUUUGCUGCUUAGGUCACAGAUGAAGAAACUUUACAGUAAACAUGUAUUUUCAUUUGUUUUCAUUAGGUCUGCCAUGACACUGGGUGAAAGAAUUCAGCUCGCCCAAGCUGUGCUGUCACAUCAGAGUGUGAAGUUGCUGUGUCCUUGGGUCGACAUUGUCAAUACCUUUUAGGAUUUUGAAUGCUUGAAUCAGGUCGCCACGUAGUCU